AAACCUGGAGAUAAUUCAAGAGACUAUCCAGACAUGGCAAGAGAAGCAGGCCUGAAGGCUUUAGAGGAUGCGCAGAUUCCUUAUUCAGCAGUGGAACAGGCGUGUGUUGGAUAUGUUUACGGUGAUUCUACAUGUGGGCAGAGGGCUAUCUAUCACAGUUUUGGAAUGACUGGAAUCCCUAUAAUAAAUGUCAACAAUAAUUGUUCUACUGGCUCUACUGCUUUGUUUAUGGCCCGGCAGCUGAUUCAGGGAGGUAUGGCACAUUGUGUCUUGGCUCUUGGAUUUGAGAAGAUGGAGAGGGGGUCUAUUGGAGCAAAAACUGUAGAUAGAACCAACCCAAUCGAUAAACACGUGGAGGUCAUGAUAAAUAAGCAUGGACUUUCUCAACACCCAGUGGCUUUGCAGAUGUUUUCACUUGCUGGAAAAGAGCACAUGGAUAAAUAUGGAACAAAACCAGAACACUUUGCAAAAAUUGGAUGGAAAAAUCAUAAACAUUCAACUAAAAACCCGUAUUCCCAGUUUCAGAAGGAAUACAGUUUAGAUGACGUGGUGGAAUCCCGAAAAAUGUUUGGAUUCAUGACUCUAUUACAGUGUUGUCCCACUUCAGAUGGUGCUGCAGCAGUAAUUGUGGCUAGUGAACCAUUUGUACAGAAAUAUGGCCUGCAAUCCAAAGCUGUGGAAAUUGUGGCACAAGAGAUGGUGACUGACUUCCCGAGCUCAUUUAAGGAAAACAGCAUGAUUAAAGUGGUUGGUUUUGAUAUGAGUAAAGAAGCUGCCAGAAGGUGCUAUGAGAAAUCUGGUCUGGGACCAAGUGAUAUUGAUGUGAUAGAACUUCAUGAUUGCUUUUCUGUCAAUGAGCUCAUUACUUAUGAAGCAUUGGGACUCUGUCCAGAAGGACAAGGUAGAAUACUGGUUGAUAGAGGAGAUAAUACUUAUGGAGGAAAGUGGGUCAUAAAUCCUAGUGGUGGAUUGAUUUCAAAAGGACACCCACUGGGAGCUACAGGUCUGGCUCAGUGUGCUGAACUCUGCUGGCACCUGAGAGGGGAAGCCGGAAAGAGGCAAGUUCCCGGCGCAAAGGUUGCUCUGCAGCAUAAUUUAGGCCUCGGAGGAGCUGUGGUUGUCACACUCUACAAGAUGGGUUUCCCCGAAGCUGCUGGUUCUUUUAGAACCCAUAAAAUUGAGACUGUUCCAACCAGCUCUGCUGCUGAUGGAUUUAAGGCCAAUCUUGUCUUUAAAGAAAUUGAGAAGAAGCUUGAAGAGGAAGGAGAACAGUUUGUGAAGAAAAUCGGUGGCAUUUUCGCCUUUAAAGUGAAGGAUGGCCCUGGGGGUAAAGAAGCCACCUGGGUAGUGGACGUGAAGAACGGCAAAGGAUCAGUACAUCCUAACUCAGACAAGAAGGCUGACUGCACAAUCACCAUGGCAGACUCGGAUUUACUGGCUUUAAUGACUGGCAAGAUGAAUCCUCAGUCGGCCUUCUUUCAAGGGAAACUGAAAAUCACUGGCAACAUGGGGAUGGCUAUGAAACUACAGAAUCUUCAGCUUCAGCCUGGCAAAGCGAAGCUGUAA